AAGAAUUGAUAAAAAAUUUGAUAAUUACAUUACAACUUAAAAAUUAAUCAGUCCUAAGGAAAAGUUGAAAAUUGAAACCUAUAUCGGUAUUGUGUAUUUAGCUGGGAAAAUGCUAAGAAGUUGAUGGUUAUCAAAAAUCAAUUUCACCGUUUGAAAGUUGAAAGUUGAAAGUUUGCAAGCCAACAGUUUUAAUUGUUUACAAUUGCGCAGUCAUAAUUACUGAUAUGACAUGCAUGCAGUGCAAUUAAUGUAAAAUUUUUCUAAAGAAACUCUCUUAAACUGUGACCAAAAAACUUAAACUGUAAUUUAAAACGAAUGAAGCCUAAAAAAUUUGUUCAUGUAAACAACGGAAUAAAAAAGUACCUCCCCGCACUUAAGCGCUACUUGCCCCAACCAAGCAAAAAUCUAUUUCAGCACCUUCUCACGCAAGCUAAGCAUAAUAGAUUGCACAGUGUGAAUGAAGUACUGUAUUUUUGUUAAUGUUGUUGUUGUUUUUGUUAUUAAUAUGGCGCAACUUUACAUAGAGAAAUCGUAUGUGUAAAUGUAUGCGCCGAUUUCUUUAGGUAUCCUUACAAUUACUUAUUGUGAGAUAUGCUGCAAGUGCAACUAAAAAGUGAUUUUUCUGACUAACAAUAAUUGCACUGGCAACCAGUAAUAUUUUGGCUGAAUAAUUAUGCAGCUAAAAAAGUUAAAUUUUAAACUGAAAAACUGUAAAAAUUAGGAAAAAAGAAUUAAAUUUAGGUUAACCGCAAUGGUUUGGAAACUUGCGGAAAUGACGCAAAUUUUACAAAUAAAGAUACCACAAAAGAGACACAAUUGCUACUACAAAGCCAAAAAUUGCAUGCAAUUACAAACAACAUGUAAAAAUGAUGGCAAAGUAAAGGAAAGGAAAAUAGCAAAAGAAUUUUGGUUAGAAGUUUAAAAAAAUCGAAAUCUCAUUACUUGAGGAAAAUGAAGAGGCAGGAUAUUCCGUAUAUUGCCGAUGAUGCAAUAGGAAUGAAAGAAACAACCCAAGCACAGGCACUGAGCCAAAAUAGUGGGCAAAGUGCCAAACGUUGUACAAACGAGUUCCAAAUAAAAAGCGAAAAUAGAAUGAAAUUGCGCUACCAGCACAAGUUGGACUCUUCAAGAAAUUGGCAUAUGUAUGCUAGAAACGGAAAUGUAACAAAGAAGUUACAAUUGGCCAAAAGCUUUUUGGGUGCGAAUCAAUUGGCAUUAGAAAGGAAUAUCAAUAGCAAUCAGGCCGAUAGAAAUAUUUGCUUAAAAUGCAAUCAGAAUGAAACGCUGGAAAUUGAACUUAAUGCAGAUGAUUGCGAAAUGUUCAACACUGAUGAUGUUGUUAGAUAUCCCAAUAACAAGUAUGAGCAGCCAUUGUACAAAGACGACAUUUGUUCAAAGGCAAUAAAAUCUUUUGCACAAUUGCCGGGCAAAGCAAAUUGGUUAAGAGAAUCUGGAAGCAACUCAUGCAACGGGUGCAAAGAGAUUGUUCGAAUAAAAAUUAAUGAAGCGCAGACUAUUGUUAGCAACACUAACAAUAAGAAUGUUGUUACUCAACGAAACAACGACUCGAAGAAAGGCAAUGUUUAUAAUGAACAAAGAGAAGCUAAUUAUAAUCGGCAACCACAACAUCAGUUGUACGGCAACGAUGAUGAAGAUGGCGCACAACCUACGAACGACCACAAUUAUCAUCGUAAUGUAAAUGAGAAUAAUAUUGGAAACGAAAAUGUUCAUAAUGACAACGAGGUUUUUGCGCGCGAUAAAAACGAUGGCGUCCAGAAAAAUAGAAAUGAAAGAGAUAACAAUGAAACUGCUUUGUGUAGCGAACCGUUUCAUAAGGUAAACAUAAAUAAAGAACUUUAUGGGCAACAAGCACAAGAGUCUUGUUUGGGCGGCAACAGCAAUACGAAUACAAAGCCAUUGAAUUCAAUAAUAAAUGUGAAACCAAAGCAGCAACCGACACCCCAACCGCAUGAAAUUCUAGAAACUCUAUCCACCUCAGUAACAACAACUAAAAAAACUUGUAAAAAAAGUGCGGCACAACUGAUGAAAGCUCAAUUGAAUUCACAUAUCAAGCAUUUGCCUUCAGUUGCUUACGCCGCCCAUCCUAACUCUUCUACAAUGGCUAUGAUGCUAGUAUCCACAGAAGUAAGCAACUCAAAUUCUGCCGUUGCCAAAAUUACCAUUGACAAGUACAAAGGUGGCAGAAUCAAUGAUGCCAAGCACUUUCAUGAAAUUUUACAUUUAGAACCACAUCAACAGGAGCAGAACUUUCAUCAAAUAUUGGCACUAGAACGAGCAUGUAAUGGGCUCUAUGAAAACCCAUCAGUUCGUUGGGAAGAUAAUGACAGCAAUGUUAACAAAGCAUGCGAUACUUCGUUAGAUGAAAGUGCAAUAAUAAAUAAUUGGCAAAACAGUUUUGCUGAUUACAAUGGAAAUACAAUAGCAACGACGACUAAUGAAUUAGCCGAACGUUUAAAGAAAUUCCGUCUCAAGCAACAACGACAACAACAGCAAAACUCAUACGGCGACGAAAGCUUAUCGCUACAUUCAUUAGCAGCGCUCAGCAGCAGCAGCAAAAAUUAUAUAAAAACUGAUUUGAAAUCACAAGCACAACAAAACCGAUUAGCUGAAAGGUCAUAUCCAUUGGACGCGGUAUCAGCGGAACCAAGAACCAAAAAACAGCAAAAAACCAUUCAACAAGAAUCUAAAAGAAAUGGAUUAAGAAAUCUUAAAGAUAAUGACGGACAAAAAAUCAACAGCAACAACGCCAACAACAAUUACAUUGUUAAACAAUUAAGGUUCCUAAACACUGAGCAAUCGCAACGCAACGAACUAGAUUUAAUCCCAACCCUAAAUACCAAAGUGAAAAAGGUCGUUGUCCGAAGACGUGUCAUAAAGAAGUUAAAAACCCAGAAACGCAAGCAAGAAUCGGAAUCUGUCGAAGACACCAAAGAUUCAGUUGGAAAAUUCGAGUUUUGGUUCGGGCAUUUGCUAAAAAGAAUUAAUUUAAAGCAAUUUUGUAACAAAAAUGCAAAGUUAGCCACGGCCUUAAUUACUUCAGCACAGAAAUCAGGUACUACUUUGGGCAUUCCAAGAAUUGAUAAAAUACCACCGAUUAUCAACAUCAUGGGUAUGUUGAGAACUAUGAAAUUGAAAGAACGUUUGGCAAUCAGUUUAGGCGCUACGCUGAUCUUGCUAACGUUACUGCUUGUGGUCGAUGUACAAAUGGAUUUCGGUGUUACGAAUCGCCAUUUAAUGCCAACUCAGCACACGCAGCACACUCAGCAUCAGCGGGUACGCUACGUAGACGAUCCAAAUGGCGGUGCUGUCGGCUUUUUCAAAGAUUUCAAACGAAAGUUCCUUCAAAAGAGUAAUUCUUCCGGCUCCAAAGAAACAUCCACCCCUUACACAACGCAAGGCAGACCUGGGAGUGUCGGCAGUCAAAGCGGUGGGGGCGGAGUCGUAAGUUCGGGUUUACAAGAAGCGGACUCAGAUGUCAAACAAUCGUUAUUGAGCACUAAGAGACCCACAAUUCGGGAUCGUUUCGAUGAUCUGGAACACAUACUUUCGGAUGGCAAUGCAUCUCAGCAAUACGAUCAUGUCAUAGUCGACAGCAGCGAAGAAGAGAACAGUGGGAGUAAUCCUACUUUAGGUGACCUGAUGCAUGUAAAACCAAAAAAAAACGCUACCAAUUUGGAAAAAUUUCAAUUGAAGAUCUCUAAAAGAGAAUUAUACGCCGAGAAUGAGCCGUUGGUGGAAGCAGUUUUAAAAGACAUGAUUACUUUAUCCAUCUUACACGUAGCUCAAAAGGAAGGCGGCACGCAGUUUAAACUACUGGUUGAAUAUCCAAAUGAUAUCAAAGCUUUAAUGAAACCAAUGAGAUUUCCCAGGGACCAGCAGACUUUACCUAAUCAUUUCUAUUUUACUGAUUAUGAAAGACAUAAUGCUGAGAUAGCAGCUUUCCAUUUAGACAGAAUAUUAGGGUUUCGUCGUGCUAUGCCAGUGGCAGGUCGUUUACUAAACAUUACCACCGAAAUUUAUCAAGUAGCGGACGAUAGCUUACUGAAAACGUUCUUCAUAUCGCCAGCGUCUAAUUUGUGUUUCCACGGCAAAUGUGUAUACUACUGUGAUACUUCGCAUGCUAUUUGCGGUAAUCCUGACCGGUUGGAAGGAUCUUUUGCUGCUUUCCUCCCAACUUUCGAAAUGGCCAAUCGAAAGACUUGGCGCCAUCCCUGGCGACGUUCGUAUCAUAAGCGUAGAAAGGCGCAGUGGGAAACGGACGCAAAUUACUGCUCUCUGGUUCGCGAUAUACCGCCGUACGAUGAAGGUCGUCGACUCCUGGAUUUAAUGGAUAUGUCUGUUUUUGAUUUUCUUACCGGAAAUAUGGAUCGGCAUCAUUAUGAAACUUUCAAAAUUUAUGGCAAUAACACUUUCACUUUGCAUUUGGAUCAUGGCAGAGGAUUUGGAAAACCUUUUCAUGAUGAAUUAACGAUAUUGGCGCCAAUGCUGCAGUGCUGUAUGUUAAGAAAAAGAACCGUAAGGAAGUUACUAGAUUUACAUAAUGGUCCGAAAUUAUUGUCGGAAUUAUUACGUGAAUCUAUGCGGACGGAUCCUGUGAGUCCAGUACUGUGGGAACCUCAUUUCGAAGCUUUGGAUCGCAGAUUAGCUAUCAUACUACAGGGUAUACGGGAUUGCGUUAAAAAGAAUCCUCCCGAAGGACUAGACAAUUCCGAAGACAAUGUAUCAUCAUAGCGCUUAAGAAUGUUAGUGAUUUAAAGCAAUUUAGUGAAUUACAUAGUAUGUAGGAUAUAUUUGUUUUUAUUAUGAAGUUUAUGUUUAGCAAUUGAUUUGAAUUACACAGAAUUACUAAGAAGAGAAAUGAAAGUUACUGAUAAUAGAAAAUAUGAAAAAAUAUUUCUUUUAGUUUAGUAAAUGUUGCUUAGACUAGUUUUUCUUAAUAAGUGGGUUCUAAUAUGUAUAUGUAGUGAGGGAGGGAUAGUUUAUCCUCACAUAAAUGUUUAAUAGAAAAAAAUUUAUAACAUCGUAUCUAAGUAAGGUUGAAAAAAUCACAAAAGGGAUUGCAAAUCGAAACAUUUGUUAUUCUUAUUAAAAUACAGUAUAUCAUCAGUACCUUAAUUUCUUAUAUCUAUUUUAAUCAGAGAUCCUAUAUAUUUUGGCAGCUAAGAAUUUCCAAAAAAAAAA